CGGGACGACAUGGCGCCAAUUUAAACACUUCAAGAUUGAUCAGUUGUGAAGUCGAACUCUCUGCGGCGAUGACGGAACGUGCCCUGCGUUCGGAAAGAUAGUCUCCACUGUGAUGGCGGCGAUGGUGAUGAUGGCAACGAUGUCGACGAUGGGCCCCCAAGGCGACGAUGACGACAACGGCGGCGACGACUACGACAACGACGAUGGCGACAACGGCGACAACGGCAAAGACGGUGACGACGGCGAAGACAGCGACGACAACGAAGACGACGACGAUGGCGAUGCACAAAAAAUCAAAGAUGGUGAAGACGGCGAAGACGACGACGACGGCCAAGGCGAUGGCGACGACGACACAGACGACGAAGAGGGAGACGACGACGACGGCGAUCAUGGCGACGAUUGGCGGCGGGUUGUGGGGUGUGGAAUGCGCGCAGAAGGCGGCGGCUUGUGGGAACAGUACGGCGCGCAGAAGGUGACGAACCCGCCGCAAGGCGGGGAUCGUUGAAGAUGGAGAACCCGCCGCGGUGACUACCUUUGUUCCGCGGAGAAGAGCAAGCGCGGAGAGGAGAAGGCGAGACGGAAAGA